AUCACAGCAUCACAACAAGAACUAGCUCACAUCCUCUCACUAAUACAUUGAGAUCGCAGCUGAGAAUCUGACAUGGUUUCCAAGAAAACCAUGUCCUCCCUCGUGGCGCUGCUGCUCGCAUGCAGUUCCAUGAGCAGCGCGGCUCGGUACCUGGAGGAGACGAAGCCCGAGUACCCGCCGCACCCCGCCGUGCCGGAGAUCCCCAAGCCAGAGUACCCGCCGCACCCCACCGUGCCGGAGAUCCCCAAGCCCGAGCUGCCACCACACCCCACCGAGCCAGAGCACCCCAAGCCGGAGCUGCCGCCACACCCAACCCUGCCGGAGCUGCCCAAGCCUGAGCUGCCACCGCACCCCACCGUGCCGGAGCACCCUGUGCCAGAGCUGCCACAGCCCGCCGUGCCGGAGGUGCCUCACCCCGUGCCUGAAGUGCCAAAGCCCGAGCUGCCCCACCCUGCCGUGCCGGAGGUGCCGAAGCCCGAGCUGCCGCCUCACCCCGAGGUACCGGAGCUGCCGAAGCCGGAAGCUCCUCACGUGCCGGAGGCGCCGAAGCAUGAGCUCCCGCCUCACCCCGAGGUACCGGAGCUGCCGAAGCCGGAAGCGCCUCACGUGCCGGAGCCGCCGAAGCAUGAGCUUCCGCCCCUGCCCGAACCCGAGCUGCCGAAGCCGGAGAGCCACUACCCGGUGCCAGAGGCCAAGCCAUGAUCGAAUGAAUGAACUGCACAUGCGCCCGUGUUGCUCCAGCUAGUAAAAACGCGUUCUGUUUCUGUACUUGGUGUGCAUACAUACGAUGGAGUAGUAUAGGAGCGUGACGUUCAGUGUUGUACGUUGUGCUUGCUGCUUUGAUUUAUCCGUUGAUGUCCUACCUGUAUAUGUAUAUUGCCUUCGGCGUAUCAUCAUAUAUAUACACGAAUAAUUUCAUUACUUGUGCUA